GAGAUGCCUUGUAGCUCUGUUUGGCAGACUCCAAAUGUUGUUUCAGUUGCUUACUUGGGGAUGUUAAAAGAUAGUAGGAAAUACAUUUUACUCUGAUGACAGAACCUUGGUUGCAUUUAACAUCAGUGCUUCUUGACAAACUUUUAAUACCUGUGUCAAGUUCUAAUUUUAAGAAAGAAAACAUAGUGUAACCUUGGUAAAAGUUCAAUGGCAGUCUUUCUUCAUUUAUUGUUUGCCGAUGUCAAUUUGCUCCUUAGAUGACAAGUGUUUGAACUUCUUGGCAACAUCUGAUGUGAAAUAGGGACGGUCACAGACCCAUUUGAGGAUGAAACUUUGAAACUUUAGCCAAUUAGCAUCACCCACUGAGUGCAGUACAAUAGAAUGACAGAUCUUUGAUUUAGGGGAUGGCUUUCGCUGAGCAGUCACCUCUGACCCUUCACCGCCGGGACCUCUGUAGCCGUUCUAUCUGGCUAGCAAGGAAGAUUCGUUCAGACCUGACUGCGCUUAUGGAAUCUUACGUGAAGCAUCAGGGCCUGAAUAAAAAUAUCAACCUGGACUCUGUGGCUGGUGUGCCAGUGGCAAGCACUGAUCGUUGGAGUGAGAUGACUGAGGCAGAGAGACUCCAAGAGAACCUCCAGGCUUAUCGUACCUUCCAUGGGAUGUUAACCAAGCUUUUAGAAGACCAGAGAGUACAUUUCACCCCAACUGAAGGUGACUUCCAUCAGGCAAUACAUACUCUUCUGCUCCAAGUUUCUGCCUUUGCCUACCAGCUAGAGGAGUUAAUGGUCCUUAUGGAGCAGAAGAUCCCAGAGAAUGAGGUUGAUGGGAUGCCUGUCACUGUUGGAGAUGGUGGCCUUUUUGAGAAGAAGCUUUGGGGCCUGAAGGUCCUUCAAGAGCUUUCACAGUGGACCGUGAGGUCUAUCCAUGACCUCCGUGUCAUUUCUUCUCAUCAGAUGGGAAUCUCAGCGCAUGAGAGCCAUUAUGGGGCCAAGGAUAAGCAAAUGUAGCAGCUACCCCUUCUCUCUCUUUUGUUCUGGUGAAAUAGGUACUUCCCCGAGGCUUCAUUUUCUCAGAAUCAAUUUUUGAAAACCUUAAGCCACAGCCAUUUUCAUCAAGUAGGGUUGACCCACAUAUGAAAAGGUGGAUAUACAGGGUUAUUCUGGGUAUAUGCAUAUGUGUGCAUAUGUUUUUGUUUGUAUUGAUGGUAUAGUAGAGUAGAAACAAGAGCACUAACCUCCCACCUUUGUGCUUUAAUGUUCCUGAUACUAAGUGACCUUUCUAGGCAUUUAACAGCCUUACAGGCAGAAGAGAAAGUGUAACUAGUUCUGAUUGACUUCGGCAAAGACUGACUAAACAAUAGAAGUCCUAGACUAGCGCCAAACUACCAUAAAAAUAGCAUUGCUGUGCUGAGGCAAUGAGUGUGCCAUCCCUUUUAUAUACUUUAUAUAUAACUUGACAUCUUUGUCUCAGAGGGUUAGAAGAUGGUUCUUGUAAUCUGUCCCUAGCACUGAAAAGCAGCCCUUGUUACACAUCCUCAGAAGUCAACAGCAGACUGCCAUCCACAAGUAUUUGUUGCUCACACCUGGGAAAGAACAGCAACUAUACAUCUUCAGAUUCCAUUUGGGGGGAAAAAAAAUGGGCCCACUCUACUUCCAUAGUUGGAAGCUAAAGGAUAUGCAAUAGCAGACUGGGUUAGUGUUGACUAAUGUACUUGAAUAUUGAGUUAAUGACUCUUUAUAGCAAGUGAGCAGAUGAGUUAUAUUGGUGCUAUAACUAGGUAAUCGCAGAGGAUGGAAUGCUCAGGUUAAAGUGUCAUAGAGAUCCAUCACCUUACAUUCUCUGCGCUUAGUCAUGAGGGGAGGAUGAAGUCUACUUGGUCCCCACUGAGAAUGCCAGAGAUUCUUAACACAGUAAUUCUCUGCUUUUAAUGUUCUUGUGAGAGCCACACAGCAUAGAAGACUAGGAAACAGACAUCCUCAUUUGCAGUGAGGCCUGUGCAUUAAUGGUGCAUUGUGAAUCCAACAAUUUGUUAGUUUCAUUUGUUUUUUGCUUAUCUUCAGUUAAAUUUGAGAGAUCUUGAGUUGGGAACCCAAGUCUAAUGAUGACAUCUUGCUUUAUAAAUGCACGGUCUUGUACCCUCUUCUAUAAGGGGUUCCAUACAGGCUAGAACUCUAAUCAGGUACGGGACAGGAUUCAGCCAAUCACUGUAGUAGCUCGGGGGAAAUGAGACCCUGCUUUCUACUAUGCAUUUGUAAAAAUACAGUUCCUUAUGUAUAAAAUAAAGACCAAAAUUAGGGUGAGAUUGUACAAAAUUGAAAGAUCAAUUAAAGCUACAAAUAAAUGUACUGCCUGGGUUGGUGAAGUACAUUAUAGAAUAGACUGAAAAAAAUACAAGAGUUGGCUCAUGAAAACAAAUUAUACAAUAGUAAACAUCUGGACCAAGCAUCAUAAAAGGCCUAUUUUAUUCUAUUAAUGAUUUCGGUAUAGAUAAUUUUUCAUGUUUAGAAGGGCUUAUUUCAUUUGUGCUAUUAAGUUCUGUUUGUCAGCAGCAUUUUCCAUUUAAUAAAGUAUAUAUUAACAAGGUU